CUUUCGAGGAACGAAAACCCCGACUCGCUCGGUCGGUUCGGUUGUUGCAAUGGCAGGCGGAGGCAGAGGACGCGGCGGCGGCUGGACCUCCCUGCCGUCGGAGCUUAUCCAGGAAGUAUCGGACCGUCUGCAGGCCGACGUGGACCAAAUGCGCAUCCACCAGGUAUGCUCCCACUGGCGCGCGUCCACCGCCCCCCUCGCAGCCUGCCGUCCGUGGAUCGUCGCCGCCCACGACCGCCGCCGCAGCCCUGUUAGCGCCGUUGACCCUGUCUGCGACCACUCCUUCUGGCUGCCCCGCGGUGGAAAAAGGGUGCACUCCCUGGCCCUAGCCCCGGCCGGCCUCCCCUACUGCUGCGGCACGCCCCGUGGCUGGCUCGCCCUAACGGACGACCUGCAAUCCCCCACCAGGCUAAUCCUCUGGGAGCCCCUCUCCCAAGCUGAGAUUCCUCUGCCGCCUCCUUUGACAACCGUCGCUCAACUAUUCCUCUCCGGCGACCCGCUCGCCUCGCCGGCGGGCUGGAUGGCGAUCGCGAGCCAGGAAAUCCUGGGCGCACAGGUCGAGCACAUGCUCUUCUUUUGGCGUCCUGGAGAAGCGGCCUGGACGAUACAGCCCAAAUACCCUACAGGCCGGAUCGAGGGCGCAGCCUUCCACCAAGGCAGGCUCUACAUCUCCAGCAUGGUGGGCAUGAGAGUCAGCAUUUUCGAUCUCCAGCAGCAUCCUCCCGAGCGCCUGCGGCGUAUCUCCCUCUACACUCAUCUGCGAACGCGGUAUCCAAGCUGCUUACCCGGGGAUCCGGUGCCACACGUGGUGGCAUGCCACAACCAGCUGUUGCUCGUUAUGGUGUAUCGUGGAUCAGGAAGCCCUGGCCCCGUGAUCCUUGUAGAAGUGCACCACCCGGAUUGGGCUGCCGAGCGCCUCGACUUCGUGGGGGAGAAGCUGACGGAUCUCGGCGAUUACUCGCUCUUCUUAGGCCGGGGUGACAGCCUCGCGCUCUCUGCAAAGGACUUCCCUGCCAUUAGGAGAAAUUGUGUCUACUUUGUGGAGCACGAUAAGAGAAAGCAUGAGCAAUGGGUUAUUGUGUUUGAUUUGGGGUCAAACGCUCUCGAACGAAUUCCCCACCCACAAGAGCACAUGGAGGGCGGCUGCAAAAAGAGUGGCUGGUUAGGCUAUUCCUGGUUCUGUCCUAGAAGGCCCUUCGUUGAGGCCCUAUGAGGCUCGAUCGGUUGAUGAUCUGGAAGUAAAGAAGGAGAGAUUUUCAUAUCAGAGUGGCCUCAUCUAGACAUCGCAAAAUAAGAGGUGUUGUCGACCUGACAAUUAUGAGCUGCGCUACUCCUCCAACGAAUCAUAAAUUGAAGCAUGGGCCAUGAUAGAUUCCACGUUUUGUAUGGAAUUGUUAGGCUGGUUCGCUAUAUAUCUCUAGCGCUUGGUAACUAUUAUUCAAAAAUUAGACUAGUUCAAAUAAUUUAUCUUUUGCCACCCUUUGUUCUUUAGUCUACGAGCAAGCUUGGUGUUUUGGAUAAAACAUC